AUGACACCAAUUUUCAAUUUUGGGAACUUGGAAAAGCAGGACAAUGACCGCAAACAGGAUAGCCACUUGACCGCCCCCCUCUGUGAACUACCGGAACACUUGGAUGAAUCAGGGGGCUCGGCAGCUACAAGCUCGGUGGACCUGGGGUCCAGCGAACAGCCGAGUGCAGAAGCUCUCCCCGCCAGCUCCGAAGCGGAUGAUCCAACGAGAAUGCCGACUUCGGGACCUUUGCCAUCCUGCCCCUGCUCCUCUUCGGCAAGCUCAAGCACGGCCAUCCACUACCAGGUCGAGGAGACCCCUGCCAUCACUGCAGCCAGACUGCAACGAGCCAAACGUAAGCGCAUCCUCCUGCGCACACUCGUGACGGACGAGACGGACUACUUCGUGCGGGAGGUGGAUGACAAGCUGGACCGAAUAGGGCAGGAGCACGGAAGUGAUGGGGUAAUAGCUGUGAGCAUGGAGCUGAGGAGGGAAAUCGGGCUAUUCUUGCAGUACGAUCCCUACCCUCGUGACGGUCUCCGGGAUGCCAUGGUCACUCCGGUCCUUCAAACUUUGGACAACCGGGAGAUUGCCAACCCGCACAUACUUGCGAAGAGGUAUAGGGGAUGGCUGGAUGGGAUGUACGCUCGCUUUUUCAGGGCAGUUGAGCGUGUGAAGUUCCGAGCGGCGGAGGAGUUAGACCUCGGAGAGCUGGCAGAUGGAAGCUGUCUCAUGGACUUGGGAGGAUCCAGGCCGCCGUGGAGGAGUCGAUCAAGGACUAUUGGACCGAGUGGGCCGCGCAGCGCAAGAGUGACACAUACUUUCGUCACCCUCUCGGCGGAUGGGACGACUUCGGCCAGCCCACAUCCUCCCUUGCAUGGCGAACCAACGACGACAAGCGAGGCCGUGGGGCUUGUGUGCCAAGUUCUGGGGCUUCGAAACACGGAGGAGGAGAGGACUGGGACACCCGGGUUCCUGCCUCUUGAGGUCCAGCAACACCUGAUUGAGGUGAUGACGCCCAUGAGCGACAAUGGCCGUCGGCUUAUGCAUGAUGCCCUCUCCCCGUGCCUCGAAAGACUUGGAGACGAGCUUGAAGAACUUAUGGUGUCUCUGCCAGCUGGUGCUACUUCGGUACCGGAUGCUGGGCCAGCCGUUGAUCUAGAUAGUGAUUUCGUGGAAGUAAUGGUGGAGGAUGGGGGGUCGGAUGAUGAGCUUCUCCUCCAGACCUACAUGGCCACUACAGGUGUAGAAGAGCAGGAUGUGGUGGUACCGGGACAGUCGCUGGGGGUCGAGGCCACGCUGCCCUCCCUGAGUGCCUGUCACGAGCCUCCUGCAGCCAGUUCUGGGCGUGAUCGCUCCCGCUCUCCAAGGGUGCAUGGUGCCUGGGCUUUCCUGGAGAGCCGAUGGUGGGAAGUCGUGGAGGAACGUUUCCGAGUCCUACACUUCCUUGGUGGGGGCGGGCCCCGAAUGCUUGGUUACCUCCAGCACCUGGUGGAUGGUCGUGAGGUCAGGUCCUAUCGUGAGUUUGCCGUCCCACUCUUGCACCACCUGGAGAAUGACCUGCCCAACCCCUUCUCCCUCGACCUCACCCGGCACGACAUGGACUUCGCCCUCAUGCUGGAGGGCUAUGUGUGGGAACAAUGGACUUCUGAGAGGCGCCCUCGACCGGGAGUGCCGAUGGUGGACGCCGGGAUCUGUGCUGCUGUAGAUGGAAUCCGAGUGCGGGAAUCGACCUAUCGGACCCUGGCUUGGACGCCCGUGGAAAGCCUAGCAGCGACGGCAGACGACCCUGGGCCUGCACCGGAAACCGACAUGGCAGUGACUGGGCAGAUGAGUGACUCCGUGGAAGGGGAUCAUGAUGAGAUCUGUGGCAGUGAAGAUGGAGGAGCAACGGGGGAUGAGGAAACCUCCUCCCUCGUCCAGACGACCUUGCAGCUCGUGGGACACGGAGGAUUGUUGCAAGUGGUCCAAAGUGUAGACAUACGCCUCACGGAGCUUGCCCCCGGUCUUCGU